AUAUUCAAACUUGUUCUAGGAUAUUUUGGCCAUCUCGCUUCGGCAUGCCGCAAGAACUGACCAGACGUAGAAAUCUCUCUCCGUCUCUGCAAGAUGCGAUUCUGAUGAAAAUUGCAGAAACCCAUGUCGAAGCAGCCAUUGCAUCGUCGUAGAUCGAAUCAGGUGUUUGGGUUUUGAAGAAAUGAGAAAUUCACAGCCUUUUACACAUUGUCUUAGCGAAAAACAGAGCUUUAUCACUUCAUCUUGGGCGGUUGUAGGGCCAUUGCAGUAAGUUUUGGUGGGCUUCGAAGCUACCUUAACGUUUUUGCCACUUCAAUGCUUAAUUGUGAUUCUAAUCGUCAACGAUCUAUGCCGAUGACGUUCUGAUGAAAACUUGGGAGUUGGGUACUGGUAAAGAGGCUGAAUAUAUUGUCAACACAAAUGGGUGUGCGCUACAUAGCCAUCUCGGUGUUGUCUACGAUGCUAAGCUUUGUUGGUCUGCAAUUUUGGAUGGAAUUGACUUUAGAUGAGCUAAAAUCGGAUGGGCUAAUCACUGAGAAUUUUAUUCACUCAGAGAAUGCAAGCCGUGUCAUUGAACUGCUUUUUGGUUCUUAUGCCACCAUUGCCCUGCUGACAACUUUCGUGCUCAAUGUCUUUGUUUUACUUGUUCUGUGUCUUAAGACUAUAUUCUUUGCGGAGUUGUAUCCUUCUGAAACUAGGAAAUUGUUGGAACGUCUUAUCAAUUAUGUUAUUUACAAGGGGACAUUUCUACCACUGGUUGUUCCACCAACAAUAUAUCAAGCAGGCUUGUGGUCAAUCUGGUUGACUGUGCUAUGUUCUUUAAAGAUGUUUCAAGCUUUGGCCAGAGAUCGACUUGAACGCUUGAAUGCAUCUCCUUCUGCUACCCCUUGGGCAUAUUUUCGUGUAUAUUCUGUCUUAUUGUUGGUCCUCUCUGUUGACUAUUUUUGGAUUAGGCUAUGCCUGGUAACAUAUAGAACGCUGGGUUCAUCUAUGUUUCUUUUGUUAUUCUUUGAGCCUUUCAGUAUUGCUUUUGAAACACUGCAGGCAAUUUUAGUUCAUGGAUUUCAGUUGCUUGAUAUAUGGCUCCAUCAUUCAGCAGUGAGCAGUGCAAACUGCCAAAGGUUCAAACUUUUUGAUUCAUCAGCAGCAGGUUCAUUAUCGGAAUGGAAAGGCAUUCUUCUUCGGUAUUUGGGUUUUGCCCUGGACAUGGCAACAUUUUUAACGGCACUUGGUCAUUAUGUGCAUAUUUGGUGGCUUCAUGGCAUGGCAUUCCAUAUCGUGGAUGCAAUCCUUUUCCUAAAUAUACGUGCCUUGCUAAGUGCUAUUUUGAAGCGUAUAAAAGGAUUCAUCAAAUUGAGAAAAGCUUUAGGUACUCUUCAUGCUGCCCUUCCUGAUGCAACAACUGAAGAGCUACAAGCAUAUGAUGAUGAAUGUGCCAUCUGUAGGGAACCCAUGGCUAGGGCUAAAAAGCUACACUGCAGGCAUCUUUUUCAUCUUGCAUGCUUGAGAUCUUGGUUGGAUCAAGGUUUGAGUGAGACUUAUUCGUGUCCCACUUGUCGAAAGCCGCUUUUUGGUACCAGACCUGAAAAUGAAGCUAACCCCCAUACUGGAGAAGUUUUGAGUGAUGAGCUGCUUGCCCAUCAAAUAAGUGCUGGACUGGAUCAGCAAAACACUUCUGGACAUACCCUACCCGCAGGAGUAUUUCCAAAUCAGACGCAGAACUCUCUAGAAGGCAGCCCUUGGAGGAGUGCUGGACUGGAUUCAAGUUGGUUGCAUGCUUGGCCAAGCCAGGGUGUUGACGGAGCUGGACCCUCUACUGCUGUCAGAUCCGUUGGAUUAGGGAGAGUUCAGAUGAUGAUGAGGCAUCUUGCAUCUGUAGGAGAAACCUAUGCGCAGACUGCCCUUGAUGAUGGUGCUUGGAGCCUUUGGCCUGUGAAUCCCUCUCAGCCUCCCACAACUGGUUCACCAACCUCUCCUGCUGGUGGCGGCAGAUACAUUGGAGGCGCUAGUGGUUUACAUAUGAGGACUGCCUCACACCCUGCAAAUGACAGUAUAGCGAACAUGCUUGCCAUGGCUGAGACCGUAAGGGAGGUUUUGCCACACAUGCCUGAUGACAUAAUUUUCCAGGACCUACAGCAAACAAAUUCUGUCGCUGCCACUGUGAAUAAUCUUCUCCAAAUGUGAGUAUAUCUUUGGUCGUAACAUGUUCAGUACUUCUCAGACGAGGUUCCUGGUUCAUCGUAUGCCUCCUAAAGGUUUGUUGGCAUGCACAGCUUGUGGUGGUCAAAUUACCUGAGUUUUUUCUUUUUUUGAAUUUCUCUAUACCCUCUUUUAAAAACAUACAUUAAGUUUAUUUCCUUUGUAUAUAAAGGCAAUCAGUUGUAUUUUGUGAAGAAAAACGGCGCUAAUGUAUCUUUUUGGCUCGGACAAAUAAAAUUGCUAUCCAAGAUGAU